AUGAGUAUUUUCUUAAAAAAAAAGAGGAGAAAAACAAACAAAAAUACGUGGAAUUGUAUAUAUUUGAAGGAAGAAUUGCAUAGAGAAAUUGAUAAGUGGGUUGAAAGGCCUAGUAGGACGAAUUGUGGAGCAUCAGCAGUUAAUACGGGUGAUUUUCUGCUUAGAAAAACAAAACAUAGACUGUAUUCUUCAAAAAACGUGGGCUCAUUGCGUAAAAAACGCAUAAAAGAGUCGUUGUCAGACAACGUUGAGAAAAGUGAAGUUGUAUGGAUCAUGGGAGAGGAAGAAGGUGUUGAAAAGUCAGGACAGAAAAAAUCGUCACAUGAAUCUACACCAGAAAGUUCAAGAAAAAUACAUGUUAGAAUGAAGGGGGGAUCAUCUGAUGAUUUUUCAGCUUAUAUUGAUGAUUCGCAUGUUGACCAAAAAUUGGUGCAAAAAAACUUGGUAAGACAUGCAAGUGGUGACUGUGCUUCAGAAUCAUAUGCAGAAGUUGCAGAAAAAAGUCAUCAUAAGUCAACUGUAGAACAUGUAUAUAAUGAAGAGUUUGAUGAAACAGAUGAGCAUUAUGAGGAUGAAUAUUAUAAUGAAAGUGAUAAUCAUUAUUCUCAUGCAUUUGGUGAAGAUGCAUUAGAACUUUUUGAUUAUGGAAGUCUUCCUGAUUCAUUACACACUGCUUUAACAGGUGUAUUCUCGGGUGUUGCUUCACGAUUCAAGAAUAUUCUUAAUAGUUUAAGACAAAAGGAUGAUCCCUCUACUCAACUUAUUGCUCUUCAGGGAUUAUCUGAGUUAUUGAUUGUAUCUACAGAAGAUAUUCUUAGUAGUUAUUUUUCUCCUGAUUUGUUUAUAAAAGAGCUUCUUGCUAUAAUGCAGGCAAGUGGUUCUGAAUUUUCUGAACAAAAUCCAGAAACUGUGCUUCUUGCUUGUCGAUGUCUUACAAAUCUAAUGGAAGUAUUGCCUUCUUCAAUCUCUAAUGUUGUUUAUGGUGGAGCAAUUCCUAUAUUAUGUCAAAAGUUAUUAGAAAUACAGUACAUUGAUCUUGCUGAGCAAGCUCUUAGUACUCUUGAAAAAAUUUCAACUGAACAUCCUACUGCUAUAGUAAGAGACGGUGGGCUAACAGCAUGUCUUACUUAUUUUGAUUUUUUUUCUACAAAUGUACAAAGGACUGCUAUUAUUACUGCUGCAAACUGUUGUAAAAAUAUACCUUCUGAUUGUUUUGCUAUAGCACGUGAUGUUAUGACUAUGCUACAAAAUAUUAUUAGAAACAAUGAUAGAAAAGUGUUGGAGCAAGCAUGUUUAUGUGUUACGCGUAUAGUAGAGAGUUUUCGGCAUUACCCUGAUAAGCUUGAACAAUUAUUGUCGAAUGACAUUUUACAGAUAAUUAUGUCAGUUCUCUCAAAUACAUCUACUAAUGCAAUUUCUUUAUCUACUUAUACUCAAUUUUUACGUGUUUUGGCUAUUGCUGCUAAAUCUUCGCCUAAUCUUUCUAUUUCUAUACUUAAACUCAAAGUAGUUGAAACUAUUUAUUAUAUUCUUAUUGGAAAAUUUCCAAACGAUGAUAUUGAUGUUUCAGAAGAAAAUGUUACAAAUACUUUAUAUAUUCUUAUUCAUAGGCCAAGGGAACAUAUUUAUGAAACACUAAAUUUAAUGUGCGAACUUUUACCUAAUCUUCCUAGAGAUGAUGAGGUGUUUAAUGUUUGUGUUGGCGAGAAUUCUCAAUUACAAAUUUCACCUUCAAAAUUAGCAAAAUAUAAAAUGUUAGAUGAACGACGUUUGCGACUUUUAGAAGAUUGUCAAGAAGAAAUGAAACAUUUUUCUAGAGUUCUCACACCUAUUCUUGUUGAUAUUUACCAUAGUGCAACAAACAUCAAUGUUCGUCAGAAAGUUAUGAUUAUACUUUUGAAAAUAGUUAUUAAUCUAAAAGAAAAUGUUUUAUAUGAAUCUAUAAAACAUUCUCAGUUUUCUUUUUUUUUAGCAGCAGUUCUUUCUCAACAUGAAUAUCCUUCUCUUAUUUUAGGAGCAUUACAACUAUCUGAGCUUUUAUUACGGCGUCUUUCUAGAAUAUAUCUUGAGAUGUUUGUUCGAGAAGGCAUUAUACAGUCAAUAUACGAAAUUUCUGAUUUUUAUCUCGAUGAUGUUAAUUUGAAAUAUAUUAAUUCCAAUAAAACAUUGUCAUUUCAUACUUCAUCAAUUUUUAGUAGAAUGUCUGUUUCAGAUUUUUUUAUGAUUCUAGUAAAAAGAGCAAAAUCAUUUAUUUCUGUCUAUGAAAAAUGUGAAGAUAGAUUACUUAUAUGUGAAGAGGCUUCUGAUAUUAUGUCUAAAUUGGCGUUUCUUGCUAAAAGGAUUAAAAAUCAUAUAAAAAUUCGAAGUACUUAUAGAAAACUAUCAAAGUAUUUUACUCCUAAUAAUUCUACUAUUACAAGUUAUGAAAUUUUGCGUUCUGGACUUCUUCUAUCCCUUCUUGAGUCACUAAAUGAUCCUAAUGCUGAAGUUAAACAGUCUGCUCGAAAAGCAUUUCUUCGAAGUUUUUUAACUAAUACUCAUAAUACAAACUUGGACCCCGAGCAUGCUUCUGACUCUCCUUUUUUUGUUUUAAUACAAAAGCUUCAUGAAUCUCUUAGUCGCAAUGAAGAUUUUGAAGUAGUAACUGUUCAUGGAGGUUCUCAUGAAGAUUUUCGGAAGCAUCCUUUGACUAUGCUUUCUAAACAACUGAAAUUAAAACUUACUGCUGAAGAAGGCUCUAAUGUGCCUAGGGCUUAUAAAAAUUUUAUUGUAUCUAUUUAUUCUGUUGCAACAUUUAGAACUCUUGAUGAAUAUUUACGUCCACGGUUAAUAUCGUCUCAACGAUUUAGUGUUUCACGGUCUAAUAGUUCUAAAACACCGAGCACUCCAGUAACAUCUAGUAUUACAGUUGCUGCUACAUCAAGUCAAACGCCAUUAAAUAAAGAUAAAAAGAUGCAUAGGAUUAAAGGGCAGUCAUUUGUUAUAGAAAAGCGAAAACGUAGUACAAGAGCAAACUUAUUGGAACAAACAAAGUCUGAUUUUCAAACACAUAAGGUUAAAAAUUCUAAGAGUGAUAUCUCUGAUGAUGAAAUGCUUGAAUAUUCGAAUGAUUAUUCUGGGUCUGAUUCUGCAGAUACAUCUCAAUUAUUUCAAAUUAUAGAUGGAUUCAAAAGUGAAAAAUCAUCAGUAACAGAUAAUGACUCGCAAAUAGGUAUAGAGCCUUCUAAUGAUAGCAAAGUGGAUAUAAAAGUGAAAAGUAAGGAUCAAACAAAAAUUCAAUUAGAAAAGAAUGUGUCAAAGCCAUUUACUUUUACUGAUAAAAAACAUAUGAGUUAUUCUUCUGCUUUACAAAUGAAAGAGGAUUGGAAUAUUAUAUUUGAGAUGGAUGGAAAACCGAUUAACCCUGAUUCAACAAUUUAUUCUGCCAUUCACCGUUAUAAUAAACAAAAUGGUCGUGAAUCAUCUGAUGUAUGGUCUUUCAUAUACCCAAUAAAGUUUAAAAAGGUUUUGAAAUCAGAAAAUCAUGAAAUUUAUGAAGAAGAAUCCAUAAAAAAUACAAGUAUUGAGUUUGAAACACAUGAUUUUUCUUCAUAUAAUGCCAAUACCAUUCUUAUACUUAAGCUUUUGCGAGUGUUGUAUCUUUUAAAUACUAAUAUUCGAAAUAUUUUAGAUUUUAAUGAACUUUCUAAUUUUAUAAAUAUGGCGUUACCACCAAGUGACUUUGUUAAUCCAAAACUUACUGCAAAAAUAAAUCGUCAGUUAGAGGAACCCUUGAUCGUUACUAGUUUGUGUUUUCCUCUAUGGGUUCGGGAAUUCCCUCGUUUAUUUUUAUUCUUAUUUCCAUUUGAAACUAGGUAUCUUUUUUUACAGUCAACUUUUUUUGGAUAUUUAAGAUCAAUUGCUAAAUGGCAAAAUACUAAUGGAAGAGAUGAGUCUCAUCAAAAUUCAAGAGAUGAUUCUAGAUUAGUUUUUGGAAGAUUGCAACGUCAAAAGAUUCGAAUAUCUCGUGAUCAUAUCAUGGAAUCUACUAUAAAAAUAAUGGAUUUAUAUGGAACUUCUUCAUUUUUGUUAGAGAUCGAGUACUUUGACGAGGUUGGAACUGGUUUAGCUCCUACUUUAGAAUUUUAUUCUAUUGCAUCUCACGAAUUCACACGAAAAUCUCUUGGUCUUUGGAGAAAUGUUGAUGAUUUAUCUGGGAAUGAUUUUGUAUUUUCGCCUAACGGACUUUUUCCUAUGCCAUUAAACUGUGAUUUUAAAGAUUCAGAUAUUGAAAAAAAAAAAAUUAGUCUCUUCAAAGUUAUGGGGAAAUUUAUUGCAAGGUCUAUACUGGAUUCUAGAAUUAUAGAUAUUUCGAUUAAUCCCAUGUUUUUUCGAAUUGCAUCUGAUGUCAAUGAUGUUAGACUAUCUAUUGAGUCUAUUUCAGAAAUAGAUGAAAAUUUGGCAAAGUCGUUGCGUUUUUUAUUGCAGUUUGAGAUAGCGAAAAAGAAAAUACUAAAUAAAGAUAUCUGUGAAAACGAAAAAGAACAGCUUUUAAAAGAUAUCAAGGUGCAGGGUAUGUCUAUUGAUGAGUUUUCAUUAAAUUUCACGCUUCCUGGGUUUCCUGAUGUUCAUUUAAUAACUAAUGGUGACGAGAAAAUAGUAACUAUUUAUACUAUCGGUGAAUAUAUUGAUCUUAUAAUUGACUUUACAAUUGGCAAAGGAGUAAGAGAACAAAUAAACGCAUUUCGUGAUGGGUUUUCUUCUGUUCUUCCUUAUUCUUCACUUGCUUUAUUUACUCCAGAAGAACUUUCAAUGCUUUUUGGUCAGGGCAAAGAAGAUUGGUCUAUUGAAACACUUAUUGACUCUAUAAAAGCCGAUCAUGGAUACAAUAUGGAUAGCAGAUCAAUUCAAAACUUUCUUGAUAUAUUAGCUAAUAUGAAUGAUAUGGAACGCCGUCAAUUUUUGCAAUUUAUUACAGGAAGUCCUAAACUACCUAUUGGAGGUUUUAAAAGUUUAAAUCCUCCUCUCACCGUUGUGUGUAAGACACAUGAGCCACCACUUACACCUAAUGAUUAUUUACCAAGUGUAAUGGCAUGUGUAAAUUAUCUUAAGUUACCUGAUUAUACAACAAAAAAGAUCAUGAAAUCAAAACUUUUCCUGGCAAUCAAAGAGGGGCAAGGUUCUUUUCAUUUGUCGUAA